UUUUUCUUCAGAUUCGACGCGCAUGUGAAGUGAAUUCGCUUCGAUCAGUGUGUUAGAGAGCGAAAGUGGGUCUUUCGGCAAACGGUGUUUCUCGAUUGUGCAUGCCCGGUGAUUUUCCAUGAAUUCAUCGUUUCCGGAAAACGAAAAAAAGGAAGUGGCGUUCAAGGUUAUUUUAUUCCCUCCAAAUCUGACGAAUAGCCAGUGAUUUUCGGGUUUAAAGAUGGGCUCUGAGGAAAAUAAGGAUGAAAAGAAAGACUUCGGCGGUUUCGAUGUGGAAGGUGCUUAUGGUGGACGCAAGACAUUAGCGGAGAAAACCGCUGAAAAUCCGCUGGUGCCGAUCGGCAUCGGUGGUGGAGCCUUGGCGGUUCUCCUUGCCCUCGGGGGAUAUCGCAAGAAAGACCCAAACAUGAAACCCUCUGUUUAUGUGAUCCACACCCGUCUAAUGGCUCAAGGCCUAGUGAUUGGUGCUAUGUUUGCAACCAUGGCGAUGCAGUUGUUCAAGAACAUCCGCAAGGAGAUCCAGUCGCGGAAAAAUGAUUAAUCCUUUUGCUUCAACCUCUUUUCCUUCCGUGUGUUUUUAAUGUGAAA